UCCUCCGCUGCAUCGCCAUGCCAGCAGUCAGCACUUUGGACUUCCGCCGGCAAGACGUCCACAUGGCCAUGAAGAGGAGAUAUGUGAAGCGCCUGGUGCGCAAGGUGGUCCUGUUUUUGGUGGUCAUCGCCGGUGUUUCCCUGGUCACCACCUUGAUUGUCGAGCGGAGGAUGCGGCAGCCGACGGAAGUGGGGGAAAAACUAGAUCCCAAUGGAGAUCCCAUAACGCCCGUUUUCCGCGCAGCCAAUGUACAUCCCUUGCGGAAGAAGCCACGUCCUCCGUAUCAGGAUCGCAACUCCGUGGUUGAUUUGCCCAAGAGCGACAAACUGGAGGGUUUCCGGCUACCGGAACCCAAGGGAGAGCGCAAGGAUUGGCAUGAUUACGCCGCCAUGGAGGCGGAUAAAAAACGAACGGGUUUCGGUGAACAUGGAGUGGCGGUUAAGAUCGAAAAUCCCGAUGAAAAGCAGAUGGAAAAAGAAAUGUACGAGAUGAACGGAUUUAAUGGUCUCUUGUCGGAUCGAAUAUCCAUAAAUCGAUCGGUGCCGGAUGUCAGACAUGAGGCUUGCAAAAAGCGGAAGUAUCUGGCCAAGUUGCCCAAUAUCAGUGUGGUUUUCAUUUUUUUUAACGAGCACUUCAAUACCCUGCUGAGAUCGAUCUAUAGUGUGAUAAAUCGCACUCCCCCGCAAUUACUAAAGCAAAUUAUCCUCGUGGACGAUGGCAGCGAGUGGGAGAGUCUAAAGCACCCAUUGGAUGAGUAUGUGGAGCAGCACUUCCCAAAUCUGGUGACUAUUGUGAGGAAUCCGGAGAGAAGAGGUCUGAUUGGGGCGCGGAUAGCUGGAGCCAAAGUGGCCAUAGGUGAAGUAAUGGUAUUCUUUGAUUCACACAUCGAAGUUAACUACAAUUGGCUCCCCCCGCUGAUCGAACCCAUUGCCAUUAAUCCCAAGAUCUGCACCUGUCCCAUUGUGGAUACCAUUGCACAUGGUGACUUUUCCUACUCGGGUGAUUAUAAGGCCGGAGCUCGCGGUGGAUUCGAUUGGAAGUUGCUGUACAAACAACUGCCCGUUUUGCCCGAGGAUGCGGUGGACAAGUCCAUGCCUUAUCGCAGUCCCGUGAUGAUGGGCGGCCUGUUUGCCAUUAAUACGGACUUCUUCUGGGAUCUGGGUGGCUACGACGAUCAGCUAGACAUCUGGGGCGGUGAGCAGUACGAGCUGAGCUUCAAGAUCUGGAUGUGCGGAGGCAUGUUGCUGGAUGUUCCCUGCUCGAGGGUGGCACACAUAUUCCGAGGACCCAUGAAACCGAGGGGCAAUCCAAGGGGCUUCAACUUUGUGGCCAAGAACCACAAACGAGUAGCGGAGGUUUGGAUGGAUGAGUACAAGGAAUAUGUGUACUCCCGUGAUCAUGCAACCUACGAUGACCUGGAUCCUGGCAAUUUGACCCGUCAACUGGGAAUUCGAGAGCGGCUGAAGUGCAAGAGCUUCCACUGGUUCAUGACGGAGGUUGCUCCCGACUUCCUGGUGAAAUUCCCGCCCGUGGAACCACCAUCCUAUGCCUCUGGCGCUAUACAAAACAAGGCAAAUCCCGUCUAUUGCCUGGAUAACAUGGGCUUGAGUGCCGAAAAGGCGGUGGGAAUGUUCAGUUGUGCGGAUAACAAGACCCAUCCGCAACCCAAUCAAUUCUGGGAGCUCUCCAUCCAUCGAGAUUUGAGGAUGAAGCAUCAGGAUUCGAUAUGCUUGGAUGUCAAUGAGCCGCCGCCGAAUGCCACCGUUUGGAUGUGGAACUGUCAUAGUCAGGGAGGCAAUCAGUUCUGGUUCUACGAUCGGGAAACCCAGAUGUUAUUCCACGGAGAGCAUAGAACUCGUUGUAUGGAGGGACUGGUGGAGGAUGGCAUUGCCAGGGUUGUCGCCAAUAUUUGCGAUAGGGACAACGGUCGUCAGAAGUGGGAGUUUGGAUUCGUUAACCACACCAUGAUGGACGAUUUCCACAAGGGAUUGAAGUAUUGAAGUAGUAUUUCUUUUUUUAAUAAACCACAACCACACA